AUUACUCCACUCUAAAUUCUUAUACAGUGUUUAACAGAAUUUUAUCCAAACCAACCAAUCCCAUUCCUCAGAUGACGUCAUCACCAUCACCACCACCACCACCGUCGUCGUCUCCCCUCCUCCGCCACCUAAUCGCCAUCGACACCGCAAUCUCCUCAACACUCUACACUCUAACACAACCAAUCUUCCCACGCCCGUUCCUCAAACUCCUCGAAAUAUCCGGCGACGGCCGUCUCUUUUUUCCGAUCAUCAUCGCCUCCAUCCUCUCCCCUAUUCCGUCAUCCUCACCGAUCCUGCUAACCGUCCUUAUAAACCUCCUAAUCGGAUCAUUACUUGACCUAAUCAUAAUCGGCACAAUUAAACACCUGGUUCGCCGGCCCAGACCGGUUUAUAAUAAACACAUGUUUAUUAGUUUUGCAGUUGAUCAUUGGUCCUUUCCAAGUGGCCAUUCUUCUAGAGUUUGUUUUAUUUCAUUUUUUAUUUAUUUGUGUACGGAUUUAUUGAAAUCUGAUGGUUUGUUAGGGUUUGGUGAUUUUGAUAUGAGUGUUGUGUUUAGUAAGUUGAAUGUGAUUGUUAUCGGUUGGGCGAGUGCUACGUCGGUUUCUCGAGUUUUGCUCGGCCGGCAUUUCGUGUUUGAUGUUGUUGCUGGUGCUGGUAUAGGUGUGGCUAACGCCGUUUUCGUCUUUCGUUAUUUUAACUUUAAGUUGCGGUUGAAAGCUUUGUAUAAAAUCAUCAUGAUACGGCUCUAACGACGGGAAAUGCUGCAAUUUCUUAUCAUCAAUGGUUCAUGUUCAUUAUUGUGGAUAUGAUGUUAAAUCUGAAGACACUCUUUAUCAAUAUGAGUACAACAGUUAAACUAUCAUUAUAAUUCUGUCAUGUCAUAUCAUGAAUACUUCAAGAGGUAAGCUAUUACUGGGACAGAAGUACCACUCCUUCGUUGCACUUUGUCACACAAUGGGAAGAUACCAAAUUUCGAUCAUGUUCUAUUGAUAAACCCUAACUAUUAUGCUUCCUGUUUGUUGGAUCAGAAAUUGCGAGUGUUGUAAAAAUGAUUUUUCGUAA